AUUUACUAAUUUAAAAAUGGAUGGAUAGAGAAGAGAAAAGAAAAGGUUAAAGGGCACGUGUAAAGGUAGUGGACAUAUCUGAUGAACGUAGCGAGUGAGUGACGCUGUUGUUUUCAAGCAUCAGCUACCGACGUUGACUCUCCAAACUACCAUUCAUUCCUUCAAAUUAAGUUUUCUUUCUAAUUAUAAUUAUAAUUCUAACCGUAAAACCCCUAAACCAACCACUUUUCUAUUUCCAACCCUUAAUUCUCAGAUCUACCCUUUCCCUUCUAUGGCUUCUCCGUCUGUUGCUAUUCCCUCUACGACCGACUCUCCGCCACAUCCCAUCGAUCCUUCCUCCUACUCCGUUGAUCGUAAUCAUUCUUCCAAUUCCUCCCCCAAUCUUUUCGCAGAUGCUGAAAAUCAGUCUCCGGAUGUAUUGAAGAGUGAAGAGUAUCGUCAAUUGUUUCGUCUUCCACAGGAAGAAGUUCUUAUUGAAGAUUUUAAUUGUGCCCUCCAGGAAAACAUACUUAUCCAGGGUCAUAUGUACCUCUUUGUCAACUUCAUUUGUUUCUACUCGAACAUUUUUGGGUUUGAGACAAAGAGAAUUAUCCCACUCCCUGAAAUCACAGGCGUACGGAGGGCAAAGACAGCUGGGAUAUUUCCCAAUGCCAUUGAGAUUAUUUCUGGAAGCAAGAAGCACUUCUUUGCAUCCUUCCUAUCCCGUGACGAAGCUUUCAAGAUUAUUAAUGACGGAUGGUUGCGACAAGGCAAUGAUGCCAGAGCAAUUAUGGAACAGCAGGAAUCAAUAUCUGAGCCCAGCAGCCAAGAUAGUGGAUUUGUAACUGUUGAAAAUGUCAAAAGUUCUGAUGUACUUGACAAUGAGGCACUUACUACUGACUUGAGCCAAGGUACUUCUAUGUGCAAAGAGGUGGGGCUUCCAUCGAUUGUUGGAGAAGACCCCGUAUUGAUGGUGGUUUCAGAGAAGCAAAGUGUAAAACAGAAUACUAAGUCUGAAUUGAAUAACGAACCCACUGGAGUGGGUUGGAAUGAGGAGGAUAUUGAUGCUCCGGCAACCCCAGAAGCUUAUACAUGUGUUGCAGAAUCGAAGUUUCCGAUAAAGGUUGAAGACUUCUUUAGGUACUUUUGCUCGGACAAUGCUGUAAAUUUUCUCGAGUCUUUUCGUAAACGAUGUGGUGAUAAAGACUUUAAGUGUACUUCAUGGCUUCCUCAGGAGAAAUUUGGGUAUGCUCGUGAACUGACAUUUCAACAUCCAAUAAAAAUUUAUCUCGGAGCCAGAUUUGGCGGCUGCCAUGAGGUCCAGAAAUUUCGAGUUUACAGGAACAGUCAUUUGGUUAUACAGACAUCACAAGAAGUCAGUGACGUACCUUAUUCAGACUACUUUCUUGUUGAGGGAUUAUGGAAUGUAGAGAGAGACAAAGAUGAAUCAAAAGAAAGCUGCACAUUGAGGGUAUACGUGAAUGUGGCAUUUACUAAAAAAACUAUCUGGAGAGGCAAAAUAGUACAAUCAACAAUUGACGAAUGUAGAGAGGCCUAUGCAACGUGGAUGAACAUGGCACAUGAGUUCUUAAAACAGAAAAACCUUGAAAAACAAGUUCAAAAUGGCAAAAUGAGUUUGGACAGAGAAGCAAAGACAGGAGAAACUUCAGAAGGGUCACAAGAUCAAAGUAAUCCUACAAGGAGACAAACUUCGUCCAAUGCCAUUGAUGCUAUUCACAAUGUUAGCACUCAACUGCGAGGAAAUUUUAUUGACACGUCUGUUCCAUCUCUGUUCAAAGAGUUUGCGACAAAAUUUAGGUCUUCUUUGAAAAGUCAGAGCAAUCUUUCACUUCUCCUCGUUACCAUUUUUGCUCUGAUUUUCUUCAUGCAGUUUAGCAUACUGAUGCUCUUGGCCAGACCUCAACAUAUACAUGUGAGCCCUUCUGUAGAGUUAACGAAUAGGAUGAACAAUGGAGUGACUGUAAGUUCUUCAGACAUAGCAUGGCUGGAGAAAAGAGUUCAUCAUCUUAAAGAUGAGAUGUACAUGGUUGAGUCUAGGCUUGAAAGAAUGCGGUAUGAGCAUGCACUCUUAAAAAAGCAACUAAAAGAUCUAGAACAUAAAUAGCUAGCAGAGCCCCCCUCCUCCUCUAUAUAUCUAUAUAUAUCAUCUGUUUGUAUAUACAUGCAUGAUGUCGUAUAGCAAACAUUAAAUAUCGUAAAUUCAUAUCUCAUUGUAAAUGAGGACUUUAUACCUAAAAUAGAAUAGGACAAGCUAGCAACUUGUGAUUUAGGAGUUGUUUUCCCAGCAUUCAAGGACAUGAUGAGGUGCAAUAGUUAGUAUAAAAAUUCUCUGUUUUGUUAUUGCUCUUACUAUAAAAUGAACAUCAAUUAAAUCCUGGAAGAUGUACUUAAUUUGGUUAACAAAAUAAAAUUGAUGUCAUUUGUUUUCAUUUUUACA